CACCAGAAUCAGUUCCUCUGUAGUCGCUGAAGAGAGAGACGCAGACUGAAAACAGACGAUCACAUUCACCUUCAGAACCAACCAACUUUCUCCAAUUGGUUCUACAGGAGAGAAAAGAGAGAAUCUACCAGCGUCCUGCUUCAACCUACUGACACUCCACACCGAAGCUUUACUCUGGGACCAAAUGGCUUCGAGAUUGGAGGAGGAUCUCUGCUGUCCUGUCUGCCAGGAUGUCUUCAAGGAUCCUGUUGUUCUGUCAUGUAGCCACAGCUUCUGUAAAGUCUGUCUGAAGAGCUGGUGGAGAGAGAAACAAGCUCGGGAAUGUCCAGCUUGUAGGAGAAGAUCUUCAAAGGAAGAACCAUCUUUAAACCUGGUGUUAAAGAACCUGUGUGAGUCCUUCAUAGUAGAGAGAGACCAGAGAGCCUCAGAGACUCUCUGCAGUCUGCACUCUGAGAAGCUCAAACUCUUCUGUCUGGACCAUCUGGAGCCGGUGUGUCUCGUCUGCAGAGAUUCAGAGAAACACACCGACCACAGAUUCAGACCCAUCAAUGAAGCUGCUGAACAACACAAGCAGAACCUUCAGGAACCUCUGGAGGCCUUAAAGGAGAAGUUAAAGGUCCUUGAACAAGUUAAAGUGGAGUCUGAUCAAACUGCAGAACACAUGAAGGUCCAGGCCCGAGACACAGAGAGGCUGAUUCAGGAUCAGUUCAAGAAGCUUCACCAGUUUCUAGAGGAGGAAGAGGAGGCCAGGAUCUCGGCUCUGAGGGAGGAAGAGGAGCAGAAGACUGAGAUGAUGGAGGAGAAGAUGGAGGCUCUGAGCAGAGAGAUAGCAGCUCUUUCAGACACCAUCAGAGCCACAGAGGAGCAGCUGAGAGCUGAAGAUGUCUCCUUCCUGAACCACUACAAGGCUGCAGUGGAAAGAGUCCAGCAGCGCCCCCUGCUGGAGGACCACCAGCUGCCAUCAGGAGCUCUGAUAGACCAGGCCAAACACCUGGGCAACCUGACCUUCAACAUCUGGAACAAGAUGAAGGAGAUGGUCUCCUACACUCCUGUGGUUCUGGACCCAAACACUGCUUAUCGAAACCUCAUCCUGUCUGAAGAUCUGACCAGUGUGAGAGGAGGAGAGCGACAGAAGCUUCCUGAUAAUUUAAAGAGGUUUGAUAAAUACAGCUCUGUUCUGGGCUCUGAGGGAUUUAACUCAGGGACUCACAGCUGGGAUGUUGAAGUAGGAUACAGUAGAAGCUGGUAUGUAGGUGUGUCAGCAGAGUCUGCCCAGAGGAAGGGAAACUUACAGUCUGGAUUAUUUGGAAUAGGGUUCUUUGACAGAAAAUACUCAGCACGGUUACUAUCAGGUCCAGCCACUUUUCUCAAAGUGCAGAAGAAGCUUCAGAGGAUCAGAGUGCAUCUGGACUGGAACGGAGGGAAGCUGUGUUUCUCUGAUGCUGAUACUAACACACACAUACACACCAUCACACACACCUUCACUGAGAGGAUGUUUCCAUACAUUUACACAGUAGAUGAACUGAAGAUCUCACCACUGAAGGUCUGUGUGACUUUGGACCAGAGCAGAUAGAGAUGAAGAUCACAAAUGGUUUUAUGAUGUUGUCUUUUUAACCUUUCGAGCUGCUCCUGUCUUGUUUAUUAACCAGGGGAAUGAUGAUCUUACUUAUUCAUUCAUUUUGAUGUUUUACAAAUGUUUUUGAAAAUAUUAUUUUUGUUUCUAUUUUUAAACAUCUUCAUUUUGAUGACACUUUUGUUGAAAGCAGCUUACAUGGAUACAAUAAUCUUAUAUAUUAAUCUUCAUCAACAGCUUCAAAAGCUACGUUCAUUCAUAUCAAAGAGUGUGUUUUCUAUGUUUAACUCAGGUUGGAUUCAGUCUUUUUUUCAUCUUUAUUGUGUUAUUUUAAGUUUAAGUACAUGUUUUAUUAUAUGGAAUAAAAGAAAACUGCAUGUGGUCAAUCACUUUUCUGAUCAAACAAAUUGUUAGAAACAAUGAGGCGUAUUUUGUUAAUAACUAGUGGGAAAAUAAAUAUCAUCAAUGGAAGUAUUAAAAAUCACUAAAUAAAUAAAACCAGCAAUGUUGUGGUGUUUCGAUCUGUUGCUGCAGGAAAGAGAAAAACAGAAUGACUACGGAACAAUGACCAUGAAGUGUUCAAAUCAUCCUCUAAAACCAGUACAAACAAAGGUACACAACCAAGUUUUCACUUUUAUUGACUUUUCAUCGUUAACAGAACAUGGUGUUAUUGGAAUAUAAUUUGCGUGGCACAGUAAAACCAAACAAAAGAGGAAAAAAAUCCAUUUUAAAUGAUCAAACUUUGUCUCAUUAGAAACAAAACGUGUACACGGAAUAAUCCUAAACGUAAACAUGCCUAUCCAAUAUAAGCAUUGUCAUAAUAAUGGUAAUUAUGUGUAAAGGAUGAUGACUAACUGUUAAAUAAGAGAGAAAUGAAAACGUUUCCAAAGCUUGGUGUUUAUUUACAUGAGCUGAUAUCAGCAAUCCGCCUGCAGAGGAAAGCGCUCAGUUAAAAAACUAAAGAGUGCAUCAACCUGCGUGUUAAGAAGUAAACAAACAUCAGAUUCUUUUCAAUUUUAUAAUCAACCCAUUUAGUCAAAAAACCCAAAGCAAACAAAAGUAAUAAGGUAUUUACAGAAAACCUUCAUAAGAACACUAAGUGAACAAAUGUAUCUCUCUUAAAGCUAUAUCUGUUAAACCCUCCCUAGAAGUGGUAGUAGUAGUAGAAGUAGUUGUGAUAUUAUCCAAAUAAUACCAAUACAUCUUGUUACUCCAGAAAGUCUGCCUACCUUUGAUAUGUUUUUAUUCACCAACGUUUAUAACAUACAUAUUUUCUUAAGAAAAGAGAAACUCUAGAAACUAAAGGCAACAACGGGCAAGUUAAAAGAAGACUGGGACACAUGAAGCCACACUGCGGACUCAGAGAUGAAGACGUCAACUUUUAUCUGAAACUUGAGAUCUUAUGAAACCGUCUUCACACGUGAGCUCUGCCUUGAGCCCAAUCAUUAGUUUGGGAUUUGGUUUUACAAAGCAACUGUAGUCUAGAAUACCCUUUAAAAGAAGGCUGAAGUAAUUUGAAUAGUUUGGUUAAUUCAACCAAACUAAAUGGUGUAAUAAAGGUUGGAUCAGGAGUGAAUGAGUUUGUUCUCAGGCUCCAAAAAUACACACAAGCAGUUCGGCUAAUUCUAUGCAGGAUGGUGAUGGACUGAAGGUGCUGAAUUUACCUCAUUCAGAGUGUGACCUUUGACCUCUGAGCCGUGGCGACAUGUGAUCACUGAGUCUACCUUUAAAGGCAACGCACUGUUGUCCAAACCCGCCCCCCAAGUGACAAUGAGCCUCCGACCGCAGCUCCCUGGGGCUUCUUUUUUAGGCGCGCUUUUAUUUUCUUUAUUCCGGAAACAGAAGGUCCUCCGUUAAUCUCCUGAGUGGACGGAGAAAGACGAGGAUCGGUUCCGGCGUCCGGUUGGACGCAGAGACGAAUCCGAGUGGCAGUUUGUCCCCGGGUCCGCUGCACGAUGACCAUAAAGGAGGCAGAUCUCCGGAGGACCAGAACCGUUGGAUGAACAAGUUUCAAUUGGGACGAGCGGAGGAUGAACAUCUGAAGUACAGGUGUUUAUGUGUGUUCCAUAAGUAGCACGAAUAAGCGACGACAAAUCACCACAGUAUGUUCUCUUCAAGGGCCCCUUUGUCCUUUUUCACAAACAGACAUCUGCUGAGAUACACUCUACCGCUGUAAACUGCUAUUCUAUUCUGUAAAUCUCAGUAAAUAAAUACACAGUUUUCCCCCCAGACGGGUGGAGGAGGGUGGUGUCUGUGCACACAAUAGAAUUUAAACGUGUCAGAAACACCCUCCUUUUGUUAAAAGUAUCUACUGCAACAGCCUUUAAUAAAAAAAACACACUGUAACCUGAUGAAGAUGACGCGAGAUCAAGAGUCAUUCAGGAGCUUAAACAUUUCCAAUAAACAAAUAAAAAAAACAAAAAAUCAAGCAACCAACCGGAGAGUCGCCGGCUUUAAAGGCCCCAGAAAGCUGGAGCUUCUCUCCCUCAACGUCUACCGCUGGAGUGCCGCGGAGCAAGGCACUUAAUCCCUGGGAUGGUGAGUGGAGAUGAUGGAGGUCUAAAGACCCCGAUGGUCACACUGGAGUUAUUAAUGAUCCGUGUGUUGUCUUCAGCACCGUGCGGGAGCAACCAGUGAGACGUCUCAGCUCCGAGGGACGUUUCCACCUCCAGGAGGCUCGCAGUAGUUCAGAUGUUUCAUCUUCCUUCAAAGGUUUCUUUCCGAAAUGGAAAUUACACAUUUAAAAUACUGGCUUAAAACGAUCCAAUUGUGAACACAUACUGAAUAUUUAUGUUGAAAAUGUGACUAUUUUAUUAAAUCCGUUGCCUCGAGCCUCUCAAAUGGGAUUAUUUGCUGCCACUUUAUUUUGUCUGAUCAUAAAUGAAAUAUCUUUGGACUGUUUGCAGAAAAAAAGGGUUUUGACGCCAUGCUAUUCUUUUGAAUUAUCAAUAAUUAUUAUCAUGAAAGUAAUGAUUACAUGAAUAAAAAAACUAAAAAAGUUCUGUGUAUUUUCUUUCUCAAGCUGAGAAAAAAAGGUUUUUAUGUUCUAGACAUUCAUCUUUCCUCCCAGCAGC